AUGCAGCUUCUCAACGUGCUCUUCUUGGCCGUGGCCUCGUCCGCUUCUGCCACUCCCGUCGCCGCAGAGGGGGCCAGCGACCCUCAAGUUGAUGGUACCGGCGUUAUCUUCUACGAGCAUAUUCACUAUCGCGGCUUCUCCUACGAAAUUCCUAGCACUGGUCGAUGCUGGCCACUUCCAGAAAAUCUGCAACCAAAAGGCGCCAAGAGGUAUCCUCUGUUCUGUUCCGGUCCGGCGGAGUUAGCUGCGCGCUCUACAGGCAAGUUGCGACAAUGUUACCGCCCGAGUAAGCAACAACGCCCACUGACGGUCGAAUACCACAGAAACACCUUUUGCUUUCCCCCGGUGCUAUAUGCAGGUCUUCAGGGGUCGGUUAGCGAUCUCCACAAUCUCGGACUCGGUGAUGAGGUUGGAUCCGUUUACUGUGCCCUCUACCAAGACGACCUGUAG